ACUGGAUUUCGCAGUUUGCUUCUCCCUUUACCAACCCGGGCUGGGUCCAUGGAAAUACAUGCAGAACAAUACCACCGCCGUGAUUUAGGCUCGUAUUGUUAAAAAUGGUCCGUUUUAAUUCAUUUUAGUUAGGAAUUUAUGCUGUAAAACACAAUUUAUCGGUCGGCGUCCUCAAUUAGACAAAUAUGUCGGGAGCGGCCGCCGGAGGGGCGCAGUCUUGCAUCGGCGCAGCCGCUGCCAGUUGUAGCUCUGCCGGGAACUCAUUCGUCGCAGCCGGCGGAGGUGUGGGAAUAGCAGGCAGGCUACCCAGUCGGGUUCUUGAGCAUGUGUUCUCUUAUUUAGAUUUGUAUGAUCUAAUGCGGUGCUCGUUGGUGUGCUGGCAUUGGAACAACUGUCUAGCCGACGAGAACAGCGAGGUGUGGCGGAGUCUGUGCGCUCGCUCUCUCAGCGAAGAGGCACUGCGCUCCGACAUUCUCUGCAAUCUGCCAACCCACAAGGGAAAGCUCAAGUCCUACCAGCACGCUCUGAGUUCCCACGACUGUUCACGUAACGUCUACGUGAAGAAGAACGGCUUCACCCUUCACCGCAACCCCAUCGCCCAGAGCACCGACGGAGCCCGCGGCAAGAUCGGCUUCUCUGAGGGCCGCCACGCCUGGGAGAUCUGGUGGGAGGGGCCCCUAGGGACCGUGGCGGUGAUCGGCAUUGCCACCAAGCGUGCUGCCAUGCAAUGCCAGGGCUACGUGGCCCUCCUGGGUACUGACGACCAAAGCUGGGGCUGGAACCUGGUGGACAACAACCUGCUCCACAAUGGGGAGGUGAACGGGAACUUCCCCCAGUGCAACAACGCUCCCAAAUACCAGUGUAAUGGUGUGCGUCCACAGAUCGGGGAGAGGAUACGAGUAAUCCUGGAUAUGGAUAACAAAACCCUGGCCUUCGAGAGAGGCUUUGAGUUCCUGGGAGUGGCCUUCCGAGGGCUUCCGAAAGCCUGCCUCUUCCCGGCCGUCUCAGCUGUCUAUGGCAACACUGAGGUGACCAUGGUCUACCUGGGCAAGCCUCUGGAUGGGUAGCACUGCCACAAGAGCAGCCGGUGCCAUGUCAGGUGUGCCAAGCAUAAUGACUGUUGGUUGGCACCUGAGAAGACUCUCAACUAACAUUCCACAACCACUGGGGUGAAACCUAAAAUCAAAAUGGAUGCUAGUGAUCAUUGACGGACAAGUGGGGAGGUGGGUGUGUGGACUAGAGGUUGUUUCAAAAGGGUUUUCUGUCUCAACAUGGAUGUUAUAUCCACUAGCUGCUGGACCAUUUUAUUUACAGUAUGGGAGGACUUGACUUU